AUGGCGGACGUGGUCGUGGGCAAGGAUAAGUGCGGGGAGCAGCGGUUGGUGUCGCUGCCCCUGUCCCGCAUCCGGGUCAUCAUGAAGAGCUCCCCCGAAGUGUCCAGCAUCAACCAGGAGGCGCUGGUGCUCACCGCCAAAGCCACGGAACUCUUUGUUCAAUAUCUCGCCACGUAUUCCUAUAGACAUGGCAGUGGAAAAGAAAAGAAAGCACUCACCUAUAGUGACUUAUCAAAUACUGCAGAGGAGUCGGAAACUUUUCAGUUCCUUGCAGAUAUAUUACCAAAGAAGAUUUUAGCUAGUAAAUAUCUGAAAAUGCUUAAAGAGAAGAGAGAAGAGGAGGAGAACAACAAGGAUGAGAGCGAAGACGAUGAAGCGGAAUCCUGA